AUGGAGGGGAGGGGCAAGCUGGAAGAUGAAGCCAGACAUGUGUUUCUUCUGAGUGGAGGUUUACUUAUGACCGCUGUUAGUAUGGGACCCUACACCAUUCUGCUACUCAUACCUGCUGUUCUCUCGGUGACGCUCUUACACGUGCUGGAGCCCAGGAGUGUUCACAAGUGGACCUUCCUCACUCAGAUGACGUGGCAGACCCUCUGCCACCUUUGGCUACACUACAAUGAUUAUUACCUUCAAGAAGCAACAGACAUUAAAUUUUUAAUAGCACUGUCAACUCUGAUGUUGUUAACACAAAGAAUAACAUCAACGUCAUUGGAUGUUCAUGAAGGAGAAAUCGUGGUUCCAGUUAGAAUUAUGCAGAAAAGCCUCCUCGAUUCUGAAAUGCUCCACAGUUUUCUGUUACAUCUUAGCUAUAUGCUGCAUUUUCCCGCACUAUUUGGAGGGCCUUUGUGUACUUUUAAAAUAUUCAAAAUUCAUGUUGAAAAGCUCGUAAGAACUGAUCUGAAGUGCAUCACCAGUCCUUUGUGGCCAUUUCUUAAGAAGUGCAUAUCAUUUUUUUUCUUGUCAUGCUUGAGAAUAUGUAUUAGAAAUUAUACCCUUAACCAAGGGCCCCUUCGGUGGAAUGCUCCUAAAGAUAUUUUAUUGAUCUGGAUUACAGCUUUAAUAUUCAGGUUAUCAUAUUAUUCCCAAUGGCUUCUCAAUGAAUCUCUUAUGAAUUUAAUUGGCUUGGGACUGGAAAACAAGACGGAAAAAGCUACACUCUCUGAUACUGAUAUCUGGACACUUGAAACAACCAAUAAGAUUGCUGAGAUUGCUCGAGUAUGGAACAAAACUACAGCUCUUUGGUUGAGAAGGAUGGUGUUUCAACGCAGCAAAGUUCAGCCUCUGUUGUCAACAUUUGCCUUUUCAGCUUGGUGGCAUGGUCUUCACCCGGGACAGAUCUUUGGAUUUAUCCUGUGGGCUGUCACAGUUCAAGCUGACUAUUAUAUUCAUCGAUAUUUGAAUUCUGUUACUGUGAGAUCAAGGUUUCUGAGAUUUUUCUAUAAACCUCUGACAUGGCUGCAAACCCAGCUGGUUACUGCAUAUAUUUUGGUAGCUGUGGAGCUACGAAGUUUUUCUUGUGUGUUAAUCCUAUGCAAAUCUGCAUGUGCAGUUUCCCCUUUACUGUAUGUGCUAUUGCUAAUUUACAUGGCAAACAAAAAAUAA